AUGCUCUCCACGAACUUGACCAUGAAGCGAUACCUAACUAUCCUCAGUCUCGCAGGCGCAGUCACUGCCCAAGUUUCUGCAUGGGGCCAAUGCGGCGGCAUAGACUAUACCGGGACAACCACAUGUGCUUCUGGAUACUCGUGCGUGUUUGUCAAUGAUUGGUACUCCCAGUGCCAACCUGGCAGUGGAACAGCAUCUUCAUCAGUCUCAACUGUAACCUCAACUUCGAAGCCAACUUCUACCGGGACCCCAGCUGCGAUCCGAUACCUCGGCCGAGUCAACCCAGCUACCAACGAGUUGACAUGGCCAGGAACUGGGUUGUCUUUUAAGUUUUUGGGCGUUUCAGCUGUCAUAGAAUUCGAAGAAGUCAACGGUACCAACAGCGUUGACUUGAUCAUCGACGGUGGCGAGCCGACAGUCAUUUCAAAUGUCAACGAAACCUCCAUCUCCACGCCUAACGGGCUAGCCCAAGGCAGUCAUACCGUAGAAUUGCGCAAACGUUCCGAGGCCCUCUUUGGUUCUUUGUUUGUUGGUAACGUCACCACAGAUGGUACAUCUAGCGUCGAAUCGAUCCCGGCGCGUAAGAUUGAGUUUAUCGGGGAUUCGAUUACCGUUGGCUACGGAUUGGAUGGCACUUACCCAUGCACGAAUACUGCCGCUCUUGAAGAUAACCCUAAGACAUACGCUGCAUUGGCAGCCAAUGCGCUAAGUGCAGACUACAGUGUUGUGGCUUGGAGUGGAAUAGGKCUUACACGAAACUACGUCUCCACGACAGUUGAUACCAGCCCUAUCAUGCCAGAGCGCUAUACCCGAUACGGCGCCAAUGAUGCUGAUAACAGCUACACUUUCCCCUCAGACUGGAUACCUGACGCCGUCGUCAUUAAUCUCGGCACCAACGACUUCGGCUACUUAGCGUACAAUGCGGCCGGACAGGCGUACGAUGCCCGUGCUCCCUUGAACGCUACCACGUACACAGACGCCAUGGUCAGCUUUGUCCAAAGCAUUCAGAAGCACUACACAAAAGCUCAAUUUUUCUUAAUGACCUCUCCGAUGCUUAGUGACUCAUUCCCCACGACACAAGAUGCUCAGCAUACCACCAUGUCGAAUGCUCUGCAAAACGCCAUUUCACAAAUCGGAGCAAAUGCUCAUCUUGUUGACUGGCCAACUCAAGGCUCCGCCGUUGGUUGUGACUAUCAUCCCAACGCAGCCACACAUGCAGCUGAGGCGACAGUCUUGGCUUCGGCUAUAAGAACUGUACUUGGUUGGUAA